CGUGUCCUGGAGUAGGAAGUGGUCGGGACUUCUCGCUGACCACCAUUUUACCCACUAGGGUGGCCAGCGGGCAUGGCAAGUGGUGCCAGUGGUGGCCUCCUUCUGCGAGAUAAUCAUGUCGCAGAAAGAGACCGCCGAGCGGGGGCGCAACGUGUCAGAAUAUAACCUAUUUCACUGUUGGCAAUAAUUUGUCAACAAAAUGUUACCAAUUAAAAAAAUUACCAAUCUAUAAAUAUAAUUCGAAGUGUAUGAUUCUAUUUUCGAAAAUAGUAUUACCGAGUUUGCAUGAAUAUUUGUAGUGCAAAAAUUAAUUUUGUGAUUCACAACUGACAGAUGACAGAUAACCAAAUCAGUAAUUACAACUUCGUAUGCCUUUUCGUCGAUGAUAUCAUUCGUAUGCGCCAAUGCUUAAUUCCUUAAUACGAAACAAAGCAUAAUUUAGAUGCUAUUACCAAAAAUGUUAUUUUACUUAUAAAAUAUAUGUUAUGACACAAUUUAUUACAUUUGUCACAUACCACGUUUGUCAUUUUUGUGUUCAUAAAUAGCGGACAAAAAUGCUAAACAGAUUUAAAUCAGCAUUAUUGAAUGCUGUUGGUGCCAGUGAACUUGGCCUACAGUAUCCUAAUGAUUCAGACAACGAUGCAUUAACAGAUUAUAUUAAUUCAAAUUUUGUGGAAGUUGAAAAUAAACCAUAUAGUAGACCUAGUUUUCUAGGAUUAACUGCAGAGGAAACUCAAGUAAGUGCUGAUCACAGAGUAAGACCAAUUAUAGUUCCAAGAGAUUUGAGUCGGUUACCAUGGUGUGCUGGUUAUGCAGAAUGUAUAAAUGCAGGGAAAAGUACAUGGAAUGAGGAUCAAGCCUGUGCAAUUCGAGGAGAUCUUAAACUAUCAGAUGUUAAUAUCACAUUGCCUUAUAUCAUGUUUUCUAUGUUUGAUGGUCAUGCUGGAUACCAAGUUGCUUUAACAGCAAGAUUACACUUACAUAGGAUAAUCUUGGAAAGGUUAAUGGCAAUACCUGGAAACAUACUAUUGAAUGAGGAUGAAGAUGAUUUUGUAAAAGGAAGAGAUUUAGUCAUUGGUGCUAUUGAAUUAGCAUAUAGGCAAAUGGAUCAAAUGGUAGAAGUUCAAGCUCUAGAUGGAGGUGGUGGUUGCACAGCUAUUACCAUCUUAUUUCUCAAUGGUAUAUUAUAUGCUGCAGGUGCUGGAGACUCAAGAGCUGUAAUUGUGUUGGACGACACCCAGGGUGCACUAACAACAGAUCAUACCCCUGAUUCGGAAUCUAAUCGUAUUAGAGCAUUAGGUUUUUUGAGAAGUAAUGAACUAUUGAAAGGUCACUUCACACCAUUGGAGUUCCGAAAACGACCUAUGCAAAAGGAAUUAGGAUCCACAGUUUUGUAUAGAGAACCCUAUAUGACAGGUUGGGCAUACAAAGUAUUAACUCAUUCCGAUUUAAAACUACCUCUCAUCUCUGGACAUGGCAAAAGAAGUCGAGUUAUGGGUACCAUAGGAGUGACACGUGGUUUUGGAGAUCAUGGCUUGAAAGCAGCCAAUACAAGAGUUAACAUAAAACCAUUCCUAUCAUCACAACCAGAAGUGCAAACUAUACAUUUGGACAGUUAUAAUCCCACAGAACAUGACUGUGUGAUUGUUGCUACCGAUGGACUUUGGGAUGUUGUAUCGGAUAAAGCAGCAGCAAAUAUACUUAGGAAAAUACUUGCUCCUUGUACCCCUACAUUGGAAUAUAGGCUUACAAUGGGUGCUCAAGAAUUGGUACAAGCAGCAAGAGGCAGAUUAAUUGGACGAGUUUGGGUGGGUAAAUCAGAAAAUCCUGAAGAAACUGACGACAAAUUUUCACCUAUGGCAUCGGUUGAUGAUAUAAGUGUUUUAGUGGUACCAUUAUAUCCCUAUAUGUGUGAACAUAAGCAAUGGUUGAAAACAACACAUCAAGAAAGAAGAUAUUCUAUGGAUUCGUUACACAUAUCAGUUAAUAAUUCAAUUUAAUUAUAAUUUUGUACAAUAAUUAAUCGAAACUGUAAGAACUAGAUACUUUGAAUUUUAGUAGCAAAGUUACAGUUGAGAUUAAGUGUAUAUUCACAAAUUAGUGUACUAAUCAAUCACAGAAGUAUCAUUGCUUUUACACUGCUUUUAACAGUUAAUAUUUAUAUGUAUAUUUAAGUUUCAAUUUAUCCAACAAGUAUUUUUGGAGUGAUAGUUUAUUAUAUACUGCCACUUUAAAAAUGAAAUUAAAAAUUGCCAUUAUUACUUAACGAAACAUUCCAGUUAUAGAGCAUUGAAUAUAAGUAAUUUAAUUUUAAACGUUAUGCAACAUCCAAAGUAGAUAUAAAGUUUGUUUAAUGUAUGCAUGAUUUUGAAUGCAUUGCAGAGUAGUAAUGAAACAGAAGUAGCUACAAUUUCUAUGAAAAUAAUCUUAUUACAAGUACAUAUUAUAUUGAGUAACUUUAUCUCUUUAUCUUAUAUCUUCAUUUUGAAGUAAUUAAAUUGAAAUUAUGUAUACGAACUAUCAGUAAGUGGUUGAUUUACACAAGACUUAAAAAAGAAAGUUGUAAAUAAA